AUGGCGGAUCCUCCUACGCAGCAGCACCUCAAGCAGAAAGCUAGCGAAGAGCAUGCAGUACCGGUGAAUGGACGAGCGGAAGGCCUGUCGUCCCCGUCAUCCCUGUCCCCGCAUCCUCCUGUUAUGUUCCAGCACACAUUAAGCAUGCAGCGCCGUCCAGAUGGAGCCGCUGGAGCACCUGCAGAAAAACCUGUUGGUACAGCUCAGGGGGUUCAGAACAUCAAUCCGCACCCAGUUCCAUCAUCCCCACUUGUUCCCAAUGAUCCUUUCAUUGACACAGUGCCUGAUAAUCGCCACAGUGGUUUCAACCCAUCGGGACUAGGUUUGUAUGGUGAAGGACUCGGUGGAGGGCAUAGUGGAGGGCAUGGAAUGUAUGACUUUGGGGGAUCUCAGCAGAAUGGACCAGGAUUAAAUCAGAUGCGUUCUCACCAGUUCGACCAACCCCCUUCUGGUGGAUACAAUCCACAUAUGACACCUUACAGCGACCCUGGCUCUCGUGGGCAUUCAGUACCCCCCACUACGCCCAUGAUGGGCGACCAUCCCAGUCUCCGAGGAUACUCUGUUCCCCCGACCCCAUCAAUGCAACAUACACCUAUUGCGCAACGCAACGACUCGAUGAAUAAUAUGAUUCAAAGCGGCUUUCAGCAGUUACUCACCGAGAUGCAGAAAUUCAACACUCGUCUCACAGGCGUUGAAUCUUCCAACCAGAUCUUCCUCGGAAACCAGCAAGCAUUGAACGAACAUGCGCAGCAGGGCCAGAAUAUGCUGAAGGAGUUGCUGGAUGCAAUGACGGCAUCAGGUGUGGCCAAGAGUACAGCGGGCAAGAAGAAUAUAUCCAACCAACACCCUGUGUUAAAACCCAUCAUACAACCGAUAUUUUUUGAGCUGUGUGGAAUAGAUAUGAAGACUGCCCGCGCAGAUCAAACAGAGCUGCUUGCGCAGAGCUUACCUCUUGCAAAUGGCGAUGCAUAUGAGACAGUGGAUGGAAUACAAAAGUGGUUCAGCGUGUAUGGGAUAAUGAAACAGUAUGGACCUAGUACUUACUUUGUGAUGAUCCCUGCUAAUUCCCCUGCUAGUCGUUACGAAAUGACGCAAAUCUCCAGUCACGUAUCGGCUGAGAAGACAGAGAAGCUCACCAUUAAGCAAAAAAACGCUUGUCGUCGAGGAAGACGUCAAACUGCCGCAAACCGUCGUCGUGAAGCUGUUCCUGACUUUGAAAAAUCCUAUGGGCAUCAAGGAUCAGUAGCGCUAAUCGAUACAGAUUACGGAUCUGAUUAUGUGUCAUAUGACGAGGGUGAACUGAGCCCUGACUCAGUAGAGCGUUGUAAGGACCAGAGUCAAGGCAAAGGAAGCCGAAAGGUCAUAGGGUUGGAGUGGAGAUCAUCAGCGUAUAUAGCGUUCCUUCGGGUCCUAGAUGAGAUUCACAGGUGUAGGAAGUCUGGUGAGAUUAAAGGGGGGGAACAGGAUGGACCUGCAGAGCCUUCAGCCAAGCGCCGCAAGAUAAUGAAGCCAAAGGACGUACAUAAGGCCACCUUUGAGGCCCAUCCCUCCCAGAUGAGCUCUCGUCUCCUGAAGUCAGGCAAAUCAACAGUUCUGUUCAAUACGAUGGUAAAUGCGGCAUGGUUAGACGAACACAAGGAGGUGAAGGUAGUUGAAGGAGCGGAGUGGCUCAAGGAUUUUAAUGGGAGCAUUCACGAGGGAGACUUGGCGGUAGACGACAAGAAAUAUCUUGAUGAGCUUGCGGAGUGGUACGCUGAUGAAGAAGAUAAUGGGAAUUAG